AUGUCUCUCAAGCCCCAGACUGCGGCCAUGGAGGCCAUUGAGGACGUGACAUAUGGCUCUAUUGCUGGCAUCGUCGGCAAGUACAUCGAGUACCCUUUCGACACGGUCAAAGUACGACUCCAGAGCCAGCCCGACCACCUGCCGCUGCGAUACACCGGCCCGCUGGACUGCUUCCGGCAGUCGCUCAAGGCCGAGGGCAUACGGGGCCUCUACCGGGGCAUCACCGCGCCCCUGGUGGGCGCCGCCGCCGAGAACAGCUGCCUCUUCAUGUUCGAGAGCGUGGGUCGGGAAGCCAUGUUCUCGGCGGGCUGGGCCUCGCGGCGGGACGGGCUCUCCCUCCCGCAGCUCUACCUCACCGGCGCCUUCGCCGGCGCCUUCGCCUCCCUCGCCCUGACGCCCAUCGAGCUAGUCAAGUGCAAGAUCCAGGCCCCGGCCGGCGCCUCGGGGCAGGCCCUGCGCCCGGUGGCCGUCAUACGGAGCAUCUUCCGCCACGGCGGGAUCAUGGGGUUCUGGCACGGGCAGAUGGGCACGCUCAUCAGGGAGACGGGCGGCAGCGCGGCCUGGUUCGGCGCCAAGGAGACCACCACGGCCCUGUUCAGGGAGCGGAGGCUCAAGUCCGUCACGUCCCAGGCUGAGAGGGAGGCGCUGGCGACGACGCCCUUGCCCUUCUGGCAGCAGGCCAUUGCGGGCGCCUCUGCCGGCAUCGCCUACAACUUCCUCUUCUUCCCUGCGGAUACGAUCAAGUCCCGCAUGCAGACGAUGCCUCUUGGCGGCUCCCAUGUGAAGCGCACGUUCUGGAGCGAGGGUGUCGCUGUGUGGAAGCAGCAUGGGCUGAAGGGGCUGUACCGAGGUUGUGGGAUUACAUGUCUUCGGUCCGCACCCAGCUCGGCAUUUAUCUUUAUGGUUUAUGAUGGUCUGAAAAGACAUUUACCAAUGCAUUCAUGA